AUAUUACAUCGUCCUGGGGAUGUUAGCUGUGUGAUGAGCAAAAGGAUAUUUUCCAUUGAUGGUAGUGAUGGAAAACACCACACAGCCCUCCAACAUCCCCCAUUAUCUCCUGCGUGGAGACCCGUUUGCUUCAAGACUGUCCAGAGAGGCGGACUUUGUUGCAGCCAUCUACAUCUGUAUUAUUGGAAUUAUGUCGGCAAUUGGAAAUGGCUACGUCAUUUACAUGACCAUCAAACGCAAGACCAAGUUGAAGCCUCCUGAGAUCAUGACUGUCAAUCUUGCCGUUUUUGAUUUUGGCAUAUCAGUGACAGGAAAGCCCUUUUUCAUUGUAUCCAGUUUUUACCAUCGCUGGUUGUUCGGCUGGAUCGGCUGUCGAUUCUAUGGCUGGACAGGUUUCUUCUUUGGCUGUGGGAGCCUCAUCACCAUGACCGUGGUGAGCCUUGACCGGUACCUCAAGAUCUGCCAUCUUAAAUACGGCACAUGGUUAAAACGCCACCACACCUUCAUAUGCCUGGCCUUUGUUUGGCUGUAUGCAUCAUUUUGGGCCACUAUGCCCCUGGUUGGCUGGGGGAAUUAUGCCCCGGAGCCGUUCGGAACCUCCUGCACGUUGGACUGGUGGCUCGCACAAGCCUCUGUUUCUGGUCAGAGCUUCGUCAUGACCAUGCUUUUCUUCUGUCUCAUUUUCCCUGCUGGAAUCAUUGUUUUCUCCUAUGUCAUGAUCAUCUACAAGGUCAAGUCUUCUUCUAAGGAGGUAUCGCACUAUGAUGCCCGCAUCAAAAACAACCACAGCCUUGAGAUCAAACUGACAAAAGUAGCCAUGCUCAUCUGUGCAGGCUUCUUGAUAGCUUGGAUCCCUUAUGCAGUGGUUUCAGUGGUGUCAGCGUUCGGAGAGCCAGACUCUGUCCCCAUCCCAAUAUCUGUUGUUCCUACGUUGCUGGCCAAGUCCUCAGCCAUGUACAACCCCCUCAUCUACCAGCUGAUGGGCAUGAAAUGUGCACGUUUGUGCAGCUGUUGCAAUGACACAAACAAACGAAAGCACUUUAGAGAGACAAGGUACAACAUCUCUGGCUCCCUUAAGAACGCAGAACCAACCAAAAAAGCUCAAAUCAAGAUGGAAAGACAAUAA